AUGGAUGCAAUCUGUGCGGAUUUCUUUCGGCAGAUCGAAAGAGUUAGGCAGAGCUACAUUGAAGAUCGACACGACUCGAAGAAGAUGUCCGGAAGCGUAUUUGUCAAAUCUUCACGUGGGUCCGGUCAUGUAGUCCAGCGUCAGAAUCUCGAGUCUCGGAUCCCAUUACGUCUUCAUGUAACUUCGACAACUGAUAGAUUUGGUUUCUAUUUUUACAGGGGUUUAAGAGCUGCCUAUACUAUCUUAACCAUUCUUUACAAGGAAGCAGAAGAUUUUUUUUCAGUCUCUGCAUGA